AUGUUGACGCUAACGUGGAGGGGCGAGGAUCAGGGUGUCGCGGGUGUGAUCUCGCGCAUCAAGCUCGUCAAUUUCUUAUGCCACAGCAAUCUUUCAAUCGAUCUCGGCGACAAUGUCAAUUUCUUGACGGGGCAAAAUGGAAGCGGCAAGAGCGCCAUUCUGGCCGCGCUGUGCAUCGCGUUUGGGAGCAAGGCGCGUGGGACGCAACGGUUUUCUUCUUGGAAGGAUUUUAUCAAAAUUGGAUCAAAGUCUGCUUUGGUAGUGGUAGAGUUAAAAAAUGAAGGGUCAGAUGCUUGUAAGCCAAAUCUGUAUGGCAAGACGAUAGUGAUUGAGCGGAGAAUCACUGCUGGAAGCAACACUAUUGUCUUGAAAAAUCACCGAGGUGAAAAACUUUCUUCAAACAAGCAGGAUUUGUGCGAUGUGAUCGACCAUUUCAGUAUUGACACGGAAAACCCGUGUGUGAUUAUGUCUCAAGACAUGAGUCGAGAUUUUCUGAGUGCUGGUAGCGAGAAAGAGAAAUUCAAGUUUUACUUCAAGGCAACUCUUUUGGAGAAAGUCUUGAAAUUGCUGGAUAUGAACGCAAAGACUAUUCAAGUGUGUUGUGAUUGCCUUCAAAAGGACAGGAAAUCUUUUGAAGUGCUCGAACGGGAUCUGGUGAAGAUAGAAGAGAAACUUCUCCAUGCGGAACAAGUGGAUGAACUUGCCGAAGAAGUUUGCACCUUGCGAAAGAGAUUGGCUUGGGCUGUAGUUUAUGAGACAGACAAGAAACUCGAAGACAUCCAAGCAUUUGUAAGUGAACUCAAGCAGCUUAUACUUCUAGCUGAAGAGGACAUCAAGAUGCAAACAAUUUCAGUUGAGGAAGCGCAGCUGAAAGGGGGUGUUGAGAACAAGGAAAGUGUCUUGCAUGCAAAACGAAUUAGAAAGCAGUCUUUGGAGCAGCAUGUCCAGGAGAUGGAAGAGAAUUUCGUACGAUGUUCCCACGUAGGAAAUGAGCAACGAGAAGAGGAAGCGAAUUUACGAAAGAGAUGGGAAGAACUUGAGGCCGCAAUCGCAAGCAUGAACAACGAGAUUCACGCGUUCGGUGGAGAAAAAGUGAUAUAUCUUCUGCAAGCUAUUGAAAGGAAUCAGAGCUUAUUCACAAGACCACCUGUCGGCCCAAUCGGGGCCCAUCUCGCUUUGAUUGGAGGGAGUGCAUGGGCAAUAGCUGUGGAAGUCGCGAUAGGAAGGUUGAUGGAAGCUUUUAUAGUGAACACUCACGAAGAUUGUUUGGUUCUUCGCGGGCUUGCUCGUCAAUGCGUCAAGAAUGUGCUAAUCGAUCAUGGAGGCAUGGAACGACAGGUUUUGGUGGAGAAUUAUGCUGAAGCUGCAAGGCUAGCUGAUUCUCGUCGGACUAACGUGAACGAGAUUUUUCAGAAAGACGGAGUAAAAUGGUAUACUUCUUUUCUGGUGUUGGCAUGUUUUGUAAUUCUGUUCGGUUACAGGAUUUUCAGAGCUGGUGCUCAGACUGUACUUCCAAAACAUCGGAGUUUGCGAGGUGGUCGUCUACAAAACGAUAUUGGAGCAAAUAUUUGUCAAUUCCGUGGUGACGUAUCUCGACUAACAGCAGAGAUAAUCUCGAUUGAAGCUCAGAAGAGAAAUGCCGAGGAUGAGAUCCGAGAGAUCAGGCGUGACCUUGACAGUUUUGUGACGCAGCAAAGAGAUACUCAGCGUCUUCUUUCCACUAAAGAGUUUUGUCUUCGUGACUUGAGGAGUCAGGCUGAGGUAGCUGCACGAGGAGCCAUGCCAAACAUUGGAGGGCUUGAAGACAAUAUACUCUGCGUGAAAAAACUGCCAUUUCCUCCAGAUUCGGUUCGAGAUGAUGUAGAAGCUCUCGAAAACUCGGCGUCUGAGCUGCGGGCUUUGCAGGACAAGGCAGUAGAUGUUUGUCAAGAAGACGCUUGCAAAGCUUUGGGGAUUUGCAGUGAAGAGGAGUUGCAAGAAAUUGGAGGUGUUGCCGACACAAGGAAGCGACUUCAAGCUCGUUACAACGCUCUUACUAGUCGAUCAGUGCGAGAGAGUAACGUAUCAGUGGAUGAGCUUCAGCAUCAGAGGCGCAAAUUGAUAAAGCAAAUCUCGAGUAGGAAGCGGAAGAAUUCUCAACUAGAGGAAAAAGUCGAUGAUAUAGCGACGCGGCACAAGAAACGGUGCGAGAAGUUUGAGACGAGCUCUAGCCUUCUGAAAAAACAACUUCAAUGGGAAUUCAAUGGUCAUCUCAGGAGAAAUCUUUUCCACGGUCGCGUUCAAGUGGAUUACGAAUCGAAGACGCUUAAACUAGAGGUUUGUGUGCCACAUGACUCUAGCUCUGUCAAGGACAUGCGGUCUCUAUCAGGGGGAGAGAGAUCCUUUUGCACACUGAGCUUUGCGCUAGCUCUACACGGAAUGACAAACGCGUCGUUUCGUGCGAUGGACGAGUUCGAUGUGUUUAUGGACGAUGUUUCGCGAAAAAGCAGCUUGGAAACGCUCGUAGCGUUUGCGAUCGAGCAAGGCUCCCAGUGGAUAUUUAUCACACCCAACGAUAUCAAUUUAUUGCGAGCUCAUCCUAAAGUCAAGAUAAUGGAGCUGCCAUCACCGCGUCCAGUCGCGCGAGAAUAGUAAAAAUUUCUAAAGGAAACUCUUCUCGACUUCUAACAAAACAUUGCU